AUGGAUACUGCAGCUAGUAGAAUGUCUAAUGAACAUGAACAUGUGAAUGAGGAGAGGUGGAACGAUACCGCUAGUAUCGACACCGAACCCUUUCCCGGACAAGGUAGCGAAGAAGAACCAUCAGGAGGACGUAGUCAAACUACAACAUUAGCGAAAGAGGACGUCGACGUGGAAGCACAAGGCGAGAAGGAAAAGGAAGCUGCGUUGGAUUUAAAAAGAGAAAAGGAAGAACAUGACCCGAAUCUGAUAACUUGGGAUGGACCGGAUGAUCCCGAUAAUCCGAUGAACUGGCCCACAAAGAAGAAAUGGUUCGUCACUGUCAUUCUGGGUUUCAUGACUUUCGUCGUUACUUUCGCGUCUAGUGUUUUCAGUACGGCUACAGUUACUGUUGCAGAGUUGUAUAAUGUUUCCGAGGAAGUGGCUGUAUUAGGUACUUCAUUGUUUGUCAUGGGUUUCGCAGUUGGUCCUUUGAUAUGGGGACCAGGAUCCGAACUCUUCGGUAGAAAACUCCCUCUCUUCGUCGGCUACGCCGGUUUCGCCAUCUUCCAAAUUCCCGUUGCUGUAGCUCAAAACCUUGCCACGAUCAUGAUAUGCCGAUUCCUUGGCGGCGCCUUCGCUUCUGCCCCAUUGGCAAUUAACGGAGGAGCAUUAGCAGAUUUCUUCGGUCCUGUAGAUCGUGGUAUUGCUGUUUGCGUCUUCUCCGCAGCAACAUUUAUUGGUCCGAUUGCAGGACCUAUCGGGGGUAAUUUUAUCACGCAGUCGUAUCUGGGCUGGAGAUGGACAGCUUGGCUUACUUUGAUUUUGGCUGCGGGUUUUGGAGUAGUGGGUCUGAUUUUUGUGCCUGAGAGUUCUCAUCCGAAGAUUCUUCAACAAAGGGCUGCAAGAUUAAGAUUUGAAACAAAAAAUUGGGCUAUUCAUAGUAAAGCUGAUGAAAUCAAACUCGACGCCCAAACCAUCAUCCAAACCUAUCUCUUCCGUCCCUUCAUCAUGCUCGUCCAAGAACCCAUCCUCCUCCUCAUCACCCUCUACAUGGCCCUCAUCUACGGAAUCCUCUACCUCUUCUUCGAAGCCUACCCCAUCUCCUUCCAACAAGCACGCGGCUGGUCCCCCGGUAUCGCCGCCCUCCCCUUCAUCGGAAUCCUCAUCGGCGUCCUCAUCGGCGCCUGCACCAUCGCCUUCAUAACCAAAACCCGCUUUGCGCGCAAGCUCCAAAAACAUGGCAAAGUCAUCCCAGAAGAACGUUUACCCCCCAUGAUCCUCGGAUCCUUCAUCCUCCCCGUCGGACUCUUCUGGUUUGCCUGGACAUCCUCUCCACAUAUCACAUGGGUUCCGCAGGUUAUCUCGGGAGUAUUCAUCGGAUGGGGAAUUUUGAUGAUUUUCUUACAGGGUUUAAAUUACAUCAUUGAUGUAUACAAAUGGCAUGCUAAUUCCGCCAUUGCGGCGAAUACUUUCCUGCGGAGUUUUGCGGGCGCAGGGUUUCCGCUCUUCGCGCAGUAUAUGUUUAAGGGGUUGGGUGUGUCGUGGGCGACGAGCGUCUUGGCUUUUGCCUGCGUAGCUAUGAUUCCUGCGCCGAUCCUUUUCUUCGUAUAUGGAGCGAGAGUGAGGGCGCUAUCGAGAUUUAGUCCUAAUGUUUAA